AUGGUUCAGAUCGGAUACUUGGCCGCUUUGUCGCUAGCUGGUUUGGCUUCUAAAGUCAGCGCCCAAUACUACAACUCCACCACCGCCUCGUCGUCGUCCACGUCCGCGUCGUCCUCCGUGUCUCCAAGUGCCACUUCCGCCUUGGAGUUCGCUAACUUCGACAUCCUCGGCGCCGCCACCGCCUCUGAGACCGUCUACGGCCCAGACGGUGUUCUGAUCUUCGACGUCUCCAUCGACGCCCCAGAGACCGGCUCUCUAUGGUUCACCGUCCCAGACUCCUUCGGUUCCUUCCCAGCUUCUCCAUUCGACUUGGAUUUCGGUACCGUCUCUUACGACGCCAACAACUUCACCGUCGAAAUCACCACUGUCCCAACUUCCGGCUCCGCCUCUUUCCAAUUCACCGGUGGCUUGACCGCUGAAGCUGCCGCUGCCAUCACCGGCCCACAAGAAAUCGAAUACACUUUCGACUCCUCUUCUGGUACCUUCACCAGCGCCAUCAACUACGCUGCUAUCCCAACUGACUCCAGUACCACCGUGGGUACCGUCAACGGCGACGUCAUCACCUGGAGUGUCGACAUCCCAGCUGGUAUUUACCCUGGUUCUGUCACCAUCUCCUCUGCUGCUGGCUCCGACUACACCUUCGACCCAUCUUCCGUUGCUGUGUACUACGUCGGUGCCGACGCUUUCAACAACGGUACUCUAACUGCCGCUUCUGCCUCCACUGACGCUUCCACUGCUUCCAGCGUUCUAGUGUCUUUCGACGGCGAAAUACCAAGUGGUUCUGCUGGUUUGAGAUUCGUCUUCAACGCCGACAUCACCUCCACUCAGACUUACUACUCCAACACCGUCGAAAUCAUCUACCCAGACUCUGUCCAAUUGGCCAAGAGAGAUGUUUACGUCGUCGUCACCUUCUACGCCUACCCAGCUGGUUACGCCGGUACCAUCUUGGCUCCAAGCACCUCUACCUUCACCUCUAGCGCCACCUCUGGUUCCACCACUGCUUCUGGUUCUACCACCGCUUCCGGUUCCACCACUGCCUCUGGUUCUACCACUGCUUCUGGCUCUACCUCUGGUUCUCCAUCUGGUUCCGUUACCUUGUCCUCUGUCACUACCUCUGGUGCUCCAUCUGGCUCCGUUACCUUGUCCUCUGUCACUACCUCUGGUGCCCCAUCUGGUUCCGUUACUUUGUCCUCUGUCUCUGGUACCACUGUCACCACCACCUCUUUGUCCACCACCGUCAUCACCACUUGUACCUACUGUGCUGAGCACGAAAAGACCACUGCCGUUGCUGUCUCCACUGCUACUGUGACUGAAAACGGUGUUGUCACUGAGUACACCACUUACUGCCCAUUGACCACCGAGGCUCACACCAAGGUCUCCUCCGGUGUCACUGAAGUCGCCUCUGUUGUCGUCACUGAAGUCGAAUCCAACGUCUUCACUGUCUACACCACUUACUGCCCAUUGACUACCGCCGAGACUGCUACCGCUACUACCGGUACCGCUGCUCCAGGUGAAACCGUCUACACCUACACCACCACCAAGGGUGCUGGAUCUGAGGCUACUGCUGCCACUGUUGUCACCACCGUUACCACGGCUGCUCCAGCUGAAUCUCCAGCUGAAACCGUCUACACCUACACCACCACUGAAGGUUCUGGCUCUGAGGCUACUGCUUCCACUGUUGUUACCACCGUUACCAAGGGUACUCCAGCCGAAUCUCCAGCUGAAACCGUCUACACCUACACCACCACUGAAGGUUCUGGUUCUGAGGCUACUGCUGCCACUGUUGUCACCACCGUCACCACGGCUGCUCCAGCUGAAUCUUCAGCUGAAACUGUCUACACCUACACCACCACUGAAGGUUCUGGUUCUGAAGCUUCUGCUGCUACUGUCGUAACCACAGCUCCAGCUGAAUCCCCAGUUGCUGCUUCUACCACCUCUGUUUCUGGUGAAACCAACGUUGCUCCAGCUACUACCGCUGUGACUCUAGCUACCAAGGCCACUUCUGCUGUUGCUGCCAGCUCUGUCACCAUCAGCUCCUACGAGGGUGCUGCUGCCUCUUUGAAGGGUGGUGUUACUGCUGCUCUAUUGAGUUUCGCCGCUGCCUUCUUGUUCUAA